UCACUGCCCCCAAUAAAGAUGGUGACGGUCACACGGGCCGAUCGCCAUCUGAGGCGUUGAUUUGUUUUCUGCAAACGUGAGUCUGGGAGUUUCAAAUGGGUGUGUUUUCCGACGUGCACUAACUGUUUGUAAAACUUCCAAACCCAUACGAAUAUCACUUCCCUCCAGCUUUCUACCGUUUUGCUUUCUUUACUGUGGCCUGCUCUUACCUCAAUUGCACAAAUCUUGGUCUCAGCGAAGGAUCUAGGCCCGAAACGUCAGCUUUCCUGCUCCUCUGAUGCUGCUUGACCUGCUGUGCACAUCCAGCUGCACACCGUGUUAUCUCGGAUUCUCCAGCAUCUGCAGUUCCGGUUAUCUCAGCGACUCUGCACCGCACUCGUGGAUGAUCACGUGGUUUUCACUGAUCCCGCCCUCCCUUCAUUCCGAUUGGGCGAUAUCCGUCCGGUCAUGCACGGCACACCUGUGCUCCUAUUGGUCGCGCACUGACAUCAAUCAGCCAGACUUCACCGUGAGCUUUAGCAUGCGCAGUGCUUUGUGUUAUUGUUGGAAGCAAAUGAACGUCGUCGCAAUGUUGCAUUUUGAGACGAAUGAGACUGAAAACCGGAUCUGUCUUUUUACCUUCACAGAUGCUGCCAGACCUGCUGAGCUUUUCCAGCAACUUUGUUUUUGUUCCUGAUUGACAACAUCCCAGUUCUUUUGUUAUUUUUUAAUAAGUCGCGAUUGAAAAGGCUUCCUGCAGCUCAAAGCUAAAGGUACUCUUGAUACCGCUCUGUCAGCCAAUAGAGAAAUAGCGGUGAAAUAAGGGUAAUAAAUACAGGUCUAGCAGUCCUCAGGUAAGAUGUAAAGGGAAUAAUUAUGAAUAUGAAGAACAUCACGUGGUGAAGUGAGGUGAGUGUUGUUCAUAUGAACUGUGAUUGGGCAGAGAGGGAGGUUAAUCAAAAAAGAACAAGCAGAAAAGAGAUUCUCAAGAAAGGUCUGUGCAAUGGAAAGCAACGAGAAUCAGAAGAUAAAAGCCCAACACAAGAAAAAGUUUGAAGACCGUGGCUGCAGAAACUCCAAUAAGUUGUUUCACUGCUCUACUGCCUAGUUAUUGACUUAAGCAGUAUAAUCCACAUUCAACUCUAAGUAGCUGUCUGAGUUUGUCACUGUAGUUUACUUCAUAACAGAUAAACUCCACACUUUGUCUCAAUAAAGCUGACAGUUGGUUCACCAAUUAGUUCUGCUGCCAAGUCCGUUCUUGUUUGAAAAGGGGUAUAGAUCACAUUUAAAUAGACAAUGAAAAAUGUCAAUCCAGGCUGGGAGCAAAAUUCUACUCCCUCGCCACUGACUCCAUCCCUGCCCCAGGUAACUGGCAGGUAACACACUGGUCACAGUCAGGGUGCAAUAUUUCACCCCAAGAUGAGCUUCUAACCACAUUACUCACCCCCACACUCAUUAUCACAAAGACCACAUACAAUUUCAACCUCAACAGCAUCUCAGGUCAUCUGCUGCUGAAACUCUCAUCCAUUCCUUUGCUACCUCUCGACUUAACUCCCCAAACACACUCCCGGCCGGCUUCUUAAUACUACUUCCCUGAAAUCUUGAACUGAUCCAAAAAUCUGCUGCCCAUGUGUUUAUUCUCACCGAUUUUAACAUCUUCAAGUUUUGUCAUUCUGUGCUCACUAACAUAAACAUUUUCUCAGUGGCAAAGCACCAAGGUUUUGAAAUUCAUAUCCUUAUUUUGAAAUUUUGGCAUCACACCACUUUCGUUUGAUAGUCCCUCCAGCUGCAAACCCCUCUGAGAUUUAUCUGAAGAAGGGUCACUGGACACAAAACAGUAAUGCUGCUCUCUCUCUCCACAAGCACUGCCAGAUAAGCUGAGUUUUACAUCAAUUUCUGCUUGUGUUACAACUUUCAAGCAUCUACUGUCAUUUUGCUUUUUCCUUCAAGACAUUUGUUCUCCCUGACUUCCAACCUCCUGUGGAUUUCUGGUUUUAACUCCCACCUUUUUCAUGUUUUCAGUUCCUAAGGCCAUAAGCUCUUGAAUUUACUCCCUAAACAUCCGUGGUUUUCAAAGUCCCCUUGUUUGUUCAGGAUAUUCCUUGAAACCUACUUCUUUGGCCAGUUUUGGGUCACUUGUCCUAAUAAGUACCUGGUAUCAAAUAUUGUUUUGUGACAACCUUGUGUAAUAUGUCAGAUCAUUGGAUUGAAUCAAAAAUGUGAAAACAUUUAAAUUGUUCUUUUGGAAAACAUCACUAAUCCUUCACGAUCAUUUGGGAACUCGUUACCUAAUAUCAUUGCAAGUGCGACUUCACCACAUGACCUGCACUGGUUCAGAAAGGUCAAACAUCAAGUUCUCCAGAUGUAACUGAGGAUUGGCAAUAGUUACUGAUACCUUUGGAGAGUGAUCCAACGUUCAUGUAUCUGGAUAUGGUGAAUGAAUAGACAAUAGGUGCUGGAGUAGGCCGUUCGACCCUUCGAGCCAGCACCACCAUUCAUUACGAUCAUGGCUGAUCAUCCACAAUCAGUAUCCUGUUCCUGCCUUAUUCUCAUAACCCUUGAUUCCACUAUCUUUAAGUGCUCUAUCUAUCUCUUUCUUGAAAGUAUCCAGAGAGUUGGCCUCCACUGCCUUCUGGGGCAGUGCAUUCCAUAUAUCCAUCGCUCUCUGGGUGAAGAAGUUUUUCCUCGACUCUGCUCUAAAUGGCCUACCCCUUAUUUUUAAACUGUGUCUUCUGUUCUGGACUCACCCAUCAGCGGAAACAUGCUUCCUGCCUCCAGAGUGUCCAAUCCCUUAAUAAUCUUAUACGCCUCAAUCAGAUCCCCUCUCAUCCUUGUAAACUCAAGUGUAUACAAGCCCAGUCGCUCCAAUCUUUCAACAUAUGAUAGUCCCGGACGCCAUUCCAGGAAUUGAGCUCGUGAACCUACGCUGCACUCCCUGAAUAGCCAGAAUGUCCUUCCUCAAAUUUGGAGACCAAAGCAGCACACAAUACUCCAGGUGCGGUCUCACCAGGGCCCUGUACAGCUGCAGAAGGUCCUCUUUGCUCCUGUACUCAAUUCCUCUUGUUAUGAGGCCAGCAUGCUAUUAGCUUUCUUCACUGCUUGCUGUACGUGCAUGCUUGCUUUCAUUGACUGAUGUACAAGAACACCUAGAUCUCGUUGUACUUCCCUUUUACCGAACUUGACUGCAUUGAGAUAGUAAUCUGCCUUCCUGUUCUUGCCACCAAAGUGUAUAACCACACAUUUAUCCACAUUAAACUGCAUCUGCCACGUAUCCGUCCACUCACCUAGCUUGUCCAACUCACCCUGUAUUCUCAUAACAUCCUCCUCACAUUUCACACUGCCACCCAAUUUUGUGUCAUCAGCAAAUUUGCUAAUAUUACUUCUAAUGCCUUCGUCUAUAUCAUUAAUAUAUAUCGUAAACAGCUGCGGUCCCAGCACUGAACCUUGUGGUACCCCACUGGCCACUGCCUGCCAUUCUGAAAGGGACCCGUUUAUCACUACAUUUUGCUUCCUGUCAGCCAGCCAAUUUUCAAUCCAACUCAGCAUUUUGCCCCCAGUACCAUGUGCCCUAAUUUUAUUCACCAAUCUCCUAUGUGGGACUUUAUCAAAGGCUUUCUGAAAGUCCAGGUACACUACAUCCACUGGUUCUCCCUUAUCCAUCUUCAUAUGGACAUGUUGCAGAACCUGUUGGGUAGGAGAAGUUCAGAAACAGAACAGCGAUGGCUUCCUUCUGACUCGAGAGGGUCUAACUUUACUUUUUAAUUGAAAAAUCUUCAGGUUCAUUUAUAGUUCUUCACGGAGUAUGAAUUGUUGAACUUAUUCAGCUGCAUGUGUCCAAUAAAUUUCUUCAGAUGUGAGGUCAAAGAAAUUCAAAACUAUUCCUCAUCCUCCCACAGACUUUCUCUCACUGUUAAGGUGCCUACUCAUGGACUUAGGGGAUCCAGGUACAUGAUUAUUUGAAGUUUCCAUCCCAUUUAAACAGUGGUUAAACAGUCUUUUGGCACGGCAGCCUUCAUUGCUCAAUUGUUUCAGUUUCGGAGUUGGGAAGUCAUAUUGAGGUUGCACAGGAUGUUGAUGAGACCUCUUCUGGAAUACAAUGUGCGGUUUCUGUCACACAAUUACAGGAGGCAUAUCAUGAAGCUGGCGAGCGUUAAGAAGAGGUUUACCAGGAUGUUGCCUGGUAUGGAAGCUUUGAUUUAUAAAGAAAGGUUGGAUAGACUUUGACUUUUCUUGCUGGUGCUUAGGAGGUUGAGAGGCGGCCUGUUAGAAGUUCAUAAAAUAAUGAGACAUGUAGAUAGUAUGAAUUGUGGUCGUCAUUUCCCAAGGAUGGGAGAUUUCAAGACUAGGGAAUGUUUUUAAGUUGGGAGGAGAUAAUUUAAUAAAAAAAAAUGCAAGGCAGAACUUUGCAGUGACUGUGAACAAAGCAAUGGCAAGUUCCAGCAGAGAAACAGGUGGCAAAGAAACAGGUGACAGCCAGGCAUGUGAGGGCUAAUGUGUUUCGUUUGCAAGUGACAUUCACCGCUUCACAAAGUGGAGAACGUUGAAGUACAGCAGCGACGGUGAUUAUUUUGCAGGAUAUUCACCUUGCAAAUGGUUUUUCCGCCAGUAUCCCUGAUUACAUCGCAAUCGACAGGAUGAAAGCUGCAGCAAGACGUGUGGAGCCAGUGGUGUAAUUGAUACGGCAUCUGAUUUUGAAUUGGAAGUUUGGAAUAUUGUAUCCUCUCUCACUCGAGUGAAGUUGACAGCUUUUCUACCCUUGCAAAUUGACAGACACUCCCGAAGAGGAAUGUCUGGCCAACGCUGUUUUUGUCAGGUUCCCAGCAGCUUAAGUGAAUGGAUUGCUGGGUUUUGGAAAUUGAAAAUUGAAAUUAAAAGGUAAAUGAGUAACUUGAGUGUGGGGCUACUUCAGCUCAUUGUAUAUUUCAUAUCCCACCUCAUGGCAACAGUACCCAUUGUCAGGAGAAACUGCAUGUGUUCCACACAAAGCUGCCUUUUGCUGGGAAACCUUGUGUACAGCAGGAGAAGCGGGUAGAACACUGUGUGUAUAAGACUGACACUGAGCCACACAUUAAACGGUAAAGAUAACAAGUAAAGUUGGAAACUUGCUCGCCCAGCUGGCUUGUUUUCGUUCAGACUUUUCGUCACCACGCAAGACCAGAAAUAUGUGUGAAUUUCCACAUUGCUGUUUGUCCUUCCACUUGAGGAGGAGCAUUUGGAAUGGCAGGAAGCAGCUGGCAUCAGUGAUGUUUGGCUGGAAGUACAAGGUGAAGCAGGAAAACUGUAGGUGAGCAAUGGGGGAGGAGCACAAACCCAGGGCAUCCAUCAAAUACUUCCAUUUGUUGCUGUAAAUAGGUUCUAGUUUUGGAGUCUGGAGUGGGACAAUAGAGCCAAGUGAGUGAAGUUCUGCUUUCUGGGGGUUGCUCUCUCCGAAAGCCUCUGGCACUCUCGGUGGAAGGUGUCCUUGUUAGUUUCCUUCUGUGGGUGAAAAUGAGGUUCACUUCCCCGAGGGGGCAUGAGCACAGUCUUCACACCUCAAACUUCAGUUUUGCUUGUUGAUUCCUCAAAGUGUUGACCCAGAAACCCGCACAGCACACACUUCAUUGGGGAGACAAUGGCCUGAGGUUGUUAUCACUGGACAGUUAAUCCAGAGACCCAGAUAGUACUUUGGGGACUUGUGUUUGAAUCCAGUUGCAGCAGACGGCGGAAUUUGAAUUCAAUACAAACCUGGAAUUAAGCGUCUAAUGAUGAGCAUGAAUCUGUUGUCCUUUAAGGGAAGUAAAUUGGCAUUCUUGCUUACAUGUAACUCCUGACCCACAGCAAUGUGGUUGACUCUUAACUGCUCUCUGGACAUUUAGGAAUGUGUAAUAAAUGUUACCCUAGCCAGUGAUGCCCUCAUCCCGUGAAUGAAUUUAAAAAGUACGUCAGGAAUUCCUCCUGUAUGCAAUGAUAACUGAUUUGCUUUGCCCAAUCUUUAUGCAGACUGAAGUCACUGGACUCUUGAAGUCAGUGACCUUUUAUCAUAAUUAGAGCUCUCCCUUUCUGCUGGUGUCUUCAAUUUCCUUUUUAGUGCCUUCUGCUAAAAUUACCACACGAGUUAACUGGGGUGUAUAUACAUCGACCACUGUCAAUUUCUGUCCCUUGAUGUUUCUAAACUGUACCCAGACUCCAUUUCACCAGAACUAAUAUCCAUUGUCAUUACCAUAUUAAUUUUAUUCCGUAGCCAGUAAUGCUAACCUACCUCCUCCUUCUUGUCAGUCCUUCCAAGAAACUGAAUAUGCCUGGAGCCCAGCUUCAGACAUUGUAGAUAUUUUGGUUUCUGAUUUACCAAAACAUCCUGGAUUCUGGAAAAAUCUGAGUUCAGUAGAAAUUAGCAGUUGUAACACUGCUAUGUAAGAAAGAAGGAGGAGCAAAAAUAAGGAAUAAAGCCAGUUAACAUGAUUUCAAUCAGUUGGGAAAGUGCUUAAUAAUGUCUCUUCAUUAAGUAUGUUUCAGCAAUGCACUUAAAACAAAAAUCGUAUCAUCUGAUUAAAUCAACGUGGUCAAUCCAGAAGAAGACAUUCCAUGAUGGAGACAGGGCAGUUGCAGGUAAGUUCAAGGUCACCCUGGGGCCAGGCAUGUUUGACAAUUUCAUUCCUUUUUGAUAGUCAAACAAGUGAGGUCGCAAAGAGGAAACCAACAGCUGCAUAACACCUGGAUUCCCAAGAGGCAUUUUGUAGGGUGUCACACUGGUGGCUAAUAGAUAAGAGAAGGGCUCUGGAACUGAAGGUAAUGUAUGAGCAUGAAUAGAGAGUUGGUGAACAUGCAGGACAUAACAGGAAGUGUUGUUGUGACUGUGAUGAGAGGAGUGCAAAGGAUUCGAAGGUGAAUAUAAAGGUUAAAUUAACUUCAGGGAUGUUUUUAAGGGACUUUCAGGACAGAUGAGACCAUCCAUCCUCUUGACAGCUGACCAGCCAGUCUGGCCACCAAAUAAAUUAAUAGAUGUAUUGGUCACAUGUGGGCAGGCCUCCUGGUGCCUUCACCUCCAUGGGCAAUAUACCAGGAAGGCUGUUCAGGGAAGAUGGUGAAGAUGGGAAACUGCAUCCAUGACAUGAUGCCCACGUUUACAAACAAGCCCUCCCCACAUGACAACCGCGUACACGGAGAUGAAGUGGAAAACAGCAGUGUAAUUAGAACUAACACGAAUUGAAGCGGAGGGAAAGGAGCAAUACCUUCGUGGUAUCACUCUUGGUUGUGAGAAGAGUUUUGAGGUUUGACGAUACUUCACCUUUCUCAUUCCUCAGACUCCAACCCACUUUGAUUCUGAAAGAUUUGACUGUUGUUUCCGGUCAGUCAGCUUGCCGAAGCAGUCAGAUUUCCGUCAUACUACUCAGAAUAAAAAUGGCAUCAGGAGAUGAGCUUCCAUCCCAUCUCACUGUCGAUACCCCCAACGUUCAAAUUCUUAACUCUGAGACCUCAAAAAGACUCGUCGAAAAUUUUGUAAUCGCUCUCAUGAACAAGGAGCGUUUCUACAUCCGCACAUUCUUUUCGACAUACAAAGCAUAUACCACUGCUGAAAGUGUGUUGUACAUCCUCCUGGACAAGUCUAAAACCUUUGACAGCCCAAACUCUGAGAAAGAUGAAGAACCAGGUUCACCAAAAGAGACAGCAACAAUUUCAAAUUCUGGAAAUGUUGACAGUGCAAAUGGUGAGGAAAAUGGAAGUUGUGUUUCUUCAGGAUCCAGCGAAAUAAUUGCUGAGUCUAAAACCUUUGACAGCCCAAACUCUGAGAAAGAUGAAGAACCAAGUUCACCAAAAGCGACUGCAGACAUUUCAAAUUCUGGAAAUGUUGACAGUGCAAAUGGUGAGGAAAGUGGAAGUUGUGUUUCUUCAGGAUCCAGCGAAAUAAUUGCUGACUGUGAAAGUGUUGAAUCCAAACACUGUCCGAAUUCUGAUGAAAUUCAGAAUUUAAGUUCACCGGAGAAGGGAGCGACAGUUAAGAAAAGCAUAGACUUCAACAGAUCAAGCUUUCUAGGAGAAUAUAAUUUCAGUCCUGCAGAAAAGGAAACACUAAUGAAAAUUGCUAUUCCUGAAAUUCUCGAAAUCUGGCUGGAGGAAUCUGCCGAAGACUUUCGUCAAGUUCCAACUUACUCUUGUCUCCGGAAGGUACUUUCCUACUUGAACCAAACAGUGCCAGGGUCAGAUGCUGAACAUCGGGCCCAGAAACUCGUGAGUCGGUUUUUGGCGGAGGAAACAGCGGAGAAAGAGAUGUUCAAAGGCUACCGUAGAAGAGUCAGAUUCUAUGUGGGAGAAGAACACGACCAAACCAUCGAACAAGUUGACGAAAAGCUCCUGUCCUACCCAUCACGCUUCAUUGCAGAGCAGCUGACUUUUAUGGAUGCUGAUCUUUUUCGGAAACUUGUGCCCAGCCAAUGUUUAGGGUCCAUCUGGUCUCAACGAGGGAAGGAAGAAAAACAGCAUCUGGUAUCAACCGUCCAGGCCACCAUGACACAGUUCAAUAAUGUUACAAAAUGUGUCACCAGCACCAUAUUAAGACGUCAACAGUUGAAACCAUGGCAGACGGCUAAAAUCAUUGAGAAAUGGAUUGAUGUUGCCCAGGAAUGUAGGAUUUUGCAGAAUUUCUCGUCAGUGCAUGCUAUUACCACUGCAUUGCAAUCAAAUAGUGUGUUCAAUUUGAAGAAGACUUGGGCAGCCGUGUCAAAGAGCAGUAAGAUAACAUUUGAAGACCUUUCAAACAAUGAAGAAGAUAACUUUGUAGCAAGUAGAGAGCUGCUAAUGGAGGAUAUCGUUCAGGGAAUUGUGCCGUACCUGGGAACUUUCUUAACAGAAUUUUCAGCACUGGAUUCGGCUUUCCCGAAUUACCAUUCAAAUGGCUUGAUCAACUUUGACAAGAGACAAAAACUCCUCUGAACUCGAGAAACCGCCAAAGCCCAAAAAGAGUGUGUUUAAACGCCUCAGCUGCCUGUUUUCAAAGAGAGGUGUUAAAAUACACAACACUCAAACUAAAAGCUCUGAG